AAGUCGUUAUUAUCACAUGCUUUCCACGUGGCUCCGUUACCACAAGAAGAACAAAGACGCUGAAAUGAAGAAGACAAUCAAUCGGCUCAGCUGCUGAAACGAGCUUAGAGAGAGAGGUCCGGCUGAAAUGGCCGGGAAAAUGGUGAUUAUAUUUGAUUUUGAUAGAACGCUGAUCGAAGACGACAGCGACAGAUGGGUCUAUACCAAGAUGGGUCUCACCCAAUUGUUCCGCGACCUGCGCCCCACAUUACCUUGGAAUUCUCUCAUGGAUAGGCUAUUGGAGGAGCUGCACAUUAGAGGAAAAUCGGUAGAUGAUAUUGCUGAUUGUUUGAGAGGGAUGCCGUUGCAUCCUAGGGUUGUUUCAGUGAUUAAGUUAGCUCAUGCUCUCGGAUGUGACUUGAAGGUGGCAAGCGACUCAAAUCAGUUUUACAUCAAAACUAUUUUGGAACAUUAUGAUAUAUACAGCUGUUUCUCGGAGAUCAUCACGAAUCCUGCUGUUGUAGACAAAGGAAGGCUGAGGAUCUUUCCUUACCACGGUUCAGCUGCGCCACAUGGCUGCGAUCUCUGCCCAUCCAACUUAUGCAAGGGUCGUGUAAUCGAGCAGACCCAGGUUUCUUUAUCUGAAAGUGAAAGCAGAAGAUUAAUAUACAUUGGUGAUGGGAUGAAUGACUUCUGUCCGACUCUGAAACUUGCUGCCGAAGACUUUGUUUUGCCAAGAAAGGACUUCCCUUUAUUGAGCCGCAUUUUUAAAAACACUCAUCUUGUCAAAGCAAAGGUUUGUGAAUGGAACGACAGCGAAGAUCUGGCUAGGAUCCUCGGAAACCUUAUCGAGUGCAUGUCCAAUGAAGACAAGAUAAGUUCUUCAACCACUCAACUCUAGUAAUUUCUGUAUGCAUUCAAACUGUCAGCCAUCAAUGCAUCAUUCUAUCUUACUCUUGAGCUAGCCAAUUAUGCCUUGAAAUUAGCAGAUAUUUUUCUCGAGCAUUUCAUGAGACUAGUAGCUUUCAUUCUUGUACUUUGUAUACUGCAUUGGACUGGACAUACUAAAAUUUAGUUUCUGAAAUUGUAAAUAAAACCAAAGAUCCCCUUAAACCUUCUUUAA